AUGGAUGGCACUAAAUAUACCGAUUUCUUAAUCUUUGAUGGAGAAUCAUAUCGUUGGUUGGGGAGCUAUACUGAGUUAAAGAAUUAUAUUGCCGAAGACUUAAAAAUGGCAGGAAUAUGGAAGUCACCGGGAGGAGGUGCUAAGCGUUUCAUAGCUGGCCAAGAUUCAGAAUUUGUUCUUAAAUGGCAAAAGUCAAAAAAGUUGGUAAUCGAAAAGGACAACACAGAUGAGUAUUUAUCAAAAUAUCUUAAAGCUAACGCAUGUGUCACGUCGGUCGUAGCUAUGAACGGCUGCGAGAAUGAGUUUUUGUCGACCAGCAGCAAUGGCGAAGGCGUCCAUGCGGCUAAUUUUACCUUGCCCACUGAAACUAAUAUAAAUGAUGACCCAUCCUUAGUGCACUUAACGAAAGCAGUAGAAGCUGGAUUUAGUCUAGCAGACACGAAAAUUAGAAAUAUUGAAGAGAAACUCAAUGUUAAAAUAAGUGAUGUUCUUGACGAUCUGAACGAACUAAAGGCCCGGUCUGAGCCUGUCUCCGAGCGAUUAGUCAAUGCAUUGCUUGAAGAGAAUACUAAACUUAAGAAAGAUAACGAUGUGCUAUCUGGGAGACUCAAUAAUUCGUUGCUUGUUGUAUCGGAUCUUAACACCCGUAUUAAGGACAUUGAAAACGAGAAAUGUAGUUUGAUUACAGCUAUUAGACUUAUUCAAUGCGCAGACAAAAGUCAUGUUGACUCAACGGUAACGGCAGCGGAGCAGUUGAAGUCUGAUGACACUAACGUAUUUAAUCAACAUGAUUUAUCUCAUAAUUUAAGUAUGAAUGAUGUCGAAGAGUCGAUUUGGGUAGUUGAUAAAAACCCAGAUUAUUUUCUGUCAAGUAAUAAAAUCCCGGAGUCACAAAGUUUGAAGCGCAAGUAUAAGUCGAAAAACAAGAGAAAAGGUCUAAACCUUGAUAAGAAUUUGUCCGAAAAUGCAAAUUCCACAACUAGAUCGGAAGUCUUACAACAAAUUCCAGCAAACAAUAAUUCCACAGCAGAACCAGUCAUGCAACAAAUACCAUCAAAUGACAAUACAAUGACAGAACCAGUCAUGCAACAAAUUCCAUCAAAUGUCAAUUCAAUAACAGACCCCGUUGUUCAACAAAUUCCAUCAAAUACCAGUGGCACCAAUAACUUGCAUACUGUGCCAGAAACGCAUAACCAACAUGCAAAUUAUUCUGUGAAAAAUGUCACUGUUGUUGCAGGAGAUUCAAUUGUCCAGAACCUGCAAGGCUGGCGUCUUUCUAACACUGACAACCAUGUUGUUGUCAAGAGCUUCUCUGGGGCAAAUAUAACAGACAUGGAAGACUAUUUGAAGCCCAUCCUUC